CGAGAGUUACAUUGAAGUCAGACCAAAAGUCCAGUCAGAACCGAACCAAAGCAAAUCGCGUGUCCCAUUUGAUUUCCUUGCUUCAACGCCUCUUAAAGACUCACGCACCAAAAGAACGAAACACCGAGAAAGUUGGAAGAAAAACGGAACUCGCUCAUAAAUUUGUUCGUUCCAAGAACAUAUGAUCUAUAUAGAUUGUUCUUUCAAAGGUUCAGGUGCUCUGAUUUAACUGGAUUCUCGACCUUCAUCAGGAAUUUCUUUUGCUGCUACUCUCAUCGUGCAGAGCAUUAAGUUACUCAGCUAUUCCAAAAAUGUGUUCUGUUUCUUCAAUAAAAGGUGUUGGCAUUGGUUUUCCAGAGCAGAAAAGUUUCCAUUCGAAGGGAAAUUAUUCUUUGUUCGGCUUCAAUUUUCUAAGAUUCAGGAGAUGUGAAAGGCACGCGGAAAAGAAAUUCUCAUCCACUGUUGUUAGAGCUGCUAUUGCGAAACCGGAAAUUGAUUUUUCUGAUCCUUAUUGGAAAAAUAAGUUCAAGGAGGAUUUUGAGAAUCGGUUCGACCUACCACACCUGAGGGAUGUCUUUGAUAUAAAGCCUAUGCCAACUACGUUCUCUCUCCAUAACAGAGGCUCUCAAAUAGUGAGUGGUGCUGAUUUGCCUGAGGAUAGGAAAAAUGGAUACGUAAACGACGACGAUAGGGCAUUAUUGAAGGUUAUCAAAUAUUCUUCACCAACUUCUGCUGGAGCAGAGUGCAUUGAUGCUGAUUGCAGUUGGGUGGAGCAAUGGGUACACCGUGCAGGACCACGGAAACAGAUAUACUUUGAACCUGAGAAAGUAAAUGCUGGAAUUGUCACUUGUGGUGGGCUCUGUCCUGGUCUUAAUGAUGUCAUUAGACAGAUAGUUUUUACUCUUGAACUAUAUGGGGUUAAGAAGAUAAUUGGGAUUCCAUUUGGGUAUCGUGGAUUUUUUGAUCAAGGAUUACCUGAAAUACCACUUUCCCGCAAUGUAGUUCAAAACAUUAAUCUUGCUGGUGGAAGCUUAUUAGGGGUUUCUCGUGGGGGUGCUAAUGUCAGUGAGAUUGUAGAUAGCAUACAGGCCAGGGGAAUUGACAUGCUUUUCAUACUUGGUGGAAAUGGCACUCAUGCAGGAGCAAAUGCAAUACACAAUGAGUGCCAUAAGAGAAAGAUGAAAGUAUCUGUUGUUUGUGUCCCAAAAACAAUUGAUAAUGAUAUACUUCUAAUGGAUAAGACAUUUGGAUUUGAUACUUCUGUAGAAGAAGCUCAACGAGCAAUCAAUUCUGCAUAUAUCGAGGCACAUAGUGCAUAUCAUGGCAUUGGCCUGGUAAAAUUAAUGGGAAGAAGCAGUGGUUUUAUAGCCAUGCAUGCAUCACUUUCUAGUGGACAGAUUGACGUCUGUUUGAUUCCUGAGGUUCCAUUUAAGUUAGAUGGACCUUAUGGUGUCUUGCAACAUUUAGAGCAUCUCAUAGAGACAAAAGGGUCAGCAGUGGUUUGUGUGGCUGAAGGAGCAGGACAAGAUAUGCUAGAGAAGUCAAAUGCAACAGAUGCAUCUGGAAAUGUGGUACUUGGAGAUAUUGGGGUCCAUAUACAACAGCGGAUAAAAAGGCAUUUCAAGGAGGUAGGAGUUCCAGCUGAUGUUAAAUAUAUCGAUCCUACUUAUAUGAUACGAGCAUGUCGUCCAAAUGCUUCUGAUGCUAUACUCUGCACUGUCCUUGGCCAAAAUGCAGUCCAUGGUGCAUUUGCAGGGUACAGUGGCAUUACGGUUGGAAUAUGUAACACCCACUAUGUGUACCUCCCCAUACCCGAAGUCAUAGCGUCUCCGAGGACUGUCGAUCCCAACAGUCGGAUGUGGCAUCGAUGUCUGACUUCCACUGGGCAACCUGAUUUCAUGUAAUACCCCUGGAUAAUAUCAAAUAUCCAAAGUAUCUAACGUUUCAACUGCGAAGAAGUAGAAACCCCUGUUUACUAUUUCUUCUGCAUUCUCUUGCUAAUCUCAAGAAGAGAUGUAUUUUGGUCGCUUUUGAGGUGGAGAUGAGAUGAUUUGGUACCAUGGAAAUCGGGCUUCAGCCUACAAAUAAAGGUAUCACAACUCCGGCAAUUUUGUAGCAUGACUGCCGGUAACUGGCAUGCCGAGUGUAUAAAAUGUUGUGCGGUGUAAUUUAUAAGCCUAUUGAUUCAGAGCUUUAUACCAUGAAUAUAUGUUUUUUGCUGCCAAAGGAAACUAGGAUUUGUAUUAAAAAAACUGAGAAAGGAACCUCGGGGGAGAGAGAGAUAUCCCACACCCCAGGUUUAUAGGAGUUUGAACGACAUGAUGCUAGUGCAUGCGCUAAGACAUUAAAACUUCUACGAAAGAAACCAAAUGAUACUUAAGGCAAGUUUGGCACUAAUUCACGAGCAUUUUCAAUGACAGAAUGAUCUAACCAUGGAGCUUCAACAAGUGGGUUUUUCAUUAGGCCGAUCACUGUCAGACAAUCCCCAGAAAUAAAACAUCUGCCCUCAAGGGUGGAGGCAAUCUCGGCCAUUAGUAAAGCUUCAGCUUCCACAGAUUCUGCAUUUGGGGCCGCUGGAUCCUGAUACCCUCUGGAUUUCUUAACAGAGAUGCAUGCUAUGGGAUAAGGCAAUUACAUUUUUCUUUUGUUAUGUUUUUUUGGGUCUGGACUCUGGACUAGGGAGGGGAGCGUGGGUAGGAAACAAAACAUUCGAUGCUCAUGUGAAAACCGGGGGUUCUCCACAGACCACGGUCUGAGAUAUUUCCCUUGUACAUGAAUAUGCAUAGCAUUGAUGUUUCUUUAA